AUGGCGGCUAAAGGAAUCAUUACCAUCACUAGCCCUAGAUACUUCUCAUCCAACGGAAAGGAUGGAGGAGAGAAGUCAAAGGGAGAGGGAAUGGGGACAACUACAGAUGGCAAGGCUCCGAAUGUGACGAUGAGUCAUGCGGCUGACACAUCCAAAGAUGGGUUGAAACGAGCAGUAGAUGUAGCAAACGAGGAGAGUGGAGAUGCUAGCGAGCGGAAGAGUGGAGAGAAUAGUGGUGAAGAAGAUGUAGCUGUGGGUGAUGAUGGAACUGUUGAAGGCCAAAACCAGUCAUCAGGAUGAGAAUACCACAGAGAUAAAUAUUAGAGAAAAAGACAAAAAUAGCACUAAAUCAAGUUUUUGUUCCCAAACUAGUACUUAAGGUCAAAAGUCACAAAAAUAGCACUUAAUGUUUUAUCAAAAGUCACAAACUUAGAGUUUAGAGUUAAAUGGUGGGGUUUAGGAUUUAGGGUUAUGACAUAUAUCAACUUAUGUAGUAACCGUGGGGAGAUGUAAGGAGAAACUGUACCUGUGUUGGGAUAUAUUCUCACCAGACAUAUAGAGUAUAACUUGUUUAAUC